AUGGCCUUCAAUUGUAUGAGAACGUUGAGUAUUAUUCGAAUCUUAAAUACAAUACAUCGAAAUACAAAGUCUACUGCAAUUGGCAUUGCUCAAGAGACUAAAAUUGUCAAACCAAUUCAAUUUAAAACUGAAGAUAAAAUUGUUUAUUUAGAAGACCCAGAUAUUUUCGGAACUUUGUCUAAAAAUGUGAAAAAUCAGGAAGACGUAGUAGAAGAUGAUGGAGAUAUUAAAGAACAACAAUAUUUAAGUAAUUUACCAUUGCACUCACAGAAAUUGACAAUAAAACAAUAUGCCGAUUUAAUAAAGCAAUAUGUAUUACACAAGAGAUUAAAAGAAGCAUUUGACAUCUUAGAAGUAAGAAUGUUAACUGUAGACAGAGUGAAACCAGAAAAUUACAUUUAUAAUAUUCUCAUUGGAGCUUGUGCUGAUGUUGGUUACACAAAGAAAGCUUUUAAAUUGUUCAAUGACAUGAAAAAGAGGGCAUUAAAACCUACUGGGGAUACAUAUACAUGUUUAUUUAAUGCCUGUGCUAAUAGUCCAUGGGCUGAAGAUGGAUUAAAAAAUGCUCAUAAUUUAAGAGCAUUAAUGACAGAGAAAGCUAUUGAACCAAAUCUCACAAAUUAUAAUGCCAUGAUAAAAGCAUUUGGUAGAUGUGGAGAUCUACCUACAGCAUUCAAAAUUGUUGAUGAAAUGACAUCUAAGAAAAUAAAAAUUAGAGUACACACAUUUAACCAUCUACUUCAUGCAUGCAUUUCUGAUAAAAACAAUGGACUAAGACAUGCUUUAGUAGUUUGGAGAAAAAUGUUAACUAUGAGAGAAAAGCCAAACAUAUUCUCGUUCAAUCUAAUGUUAAAAUGUGUCAAAGAAUGUAAUUUAGGUUCAAAAGCAGACAUUGAAGAGUUAAUAGUUAAUUUACAGGCCAAUGCUGUUAUUAGUGACUGCAGACCAAUAAACUAUCAAAUAACCUCAACUGAAGUCGAAUCUUCAUCAAAUGUGUCAAAAUUUGCAAAAUAUAUUGAAACAUCUCCAAAAGAAACUGUUACCAAAGAUUUUGUAACAGGUGGUUCUCAGAAUCUUACUGAUAAUAAUGUGAAAAAUGAAUUGGAAGUAACUAGUGAUAAUAAAAUCACUUUAGUUAAUAAGGUGUCACCUACAAAAAUAUCCAUUGUACCAAUUAGACUGGUGCCAAACUUACUUUCAAGAGUGAUUCAAAUGCAACAGGUACUUGCUUUACAAGAAAUAGAUACCUUACAGGAUAAAUUUGCUGUUAUUGGUGGUCAAGAAGACUUCCUAAAAGAAAUGGAAGUUUAUUCUGUUAAGCCAGAUAUUAAAAUUUUUACCCAAAUGAUAACACUUCUUGAUGAUACUCAUGAAGCUGAAAAUAAAUUAUUGGAAACAAUGAAAAAAUUAAAUAUCAACGCAGAUAUAGAUUUCUAUAAUAUUUUAAUUAAAAAAAGAUGUUUGAGAGGCGAUUAUGAUGGUGCUUUUGCUGUUAAAAAUAUUAUAAGAACUGAGGCUGAAAUUCGUAAGAAGCGCUUUUCUUUUAACAAGAAACUAAGAUUAAAAUUUAACAUAAUGACUUAUGGUGUAUUGGCCAUGGCAUGUCAGACCAAGGAAAGUGCUGUGCAUUUAUUAAAUGAAAUGAAUGAUAGUCAGUUAAAAACCAAUAUAGAAAUAUUUGGAACACUUUUGAAAAAUGGAGCAAUGCAAUAUAAUUUCGAAUAUAUUAUGUACAUAAUGAAUAGAGUUAAAGAAGAAAAUACUAAGAUAAAUGAAGCAUUUUUAAAACAUUUGGAAAAAUUUAUUAAAAUAUGUAGAAUAAAAAUUCGGGAUGGUGACCAUUCAGAAACUUUUGCUACCGACUAUAAGAAUUUUUCAAACUUCUACAAAUAUUGGAUUGACAAAGUAAAUGUUAGUGGUGUGUUAAGUUCAGAACAUCCAUGGCAACAAUUCAAAGAAAGCUAUCCAGAAUCAGUGCAAAGAUCAAAUGUUGUAAUUAAAGAGCCUAAAAGAUUUUAUAAAAGAAAUAAGAAAUUUGUAAAAUAUACUCCGAGAAUGUAAAUAAAAACUGCU